AUGAAGCAUUUAACAUAUAUAGAUAACACGGACAAUCUUCGUGCCCUAAUAAGACAAGAUCUAAGGGAACUGGGCAUUAAAGUACCAAAAGGGAAGAAGUCGAAAAAAUUCAACACGAAAACACAGGAUAAACAAGAUGACAAAAUAUUUGGAAACUAUCUGUCACAUGUGUCGUGUAUCCAUGAAGAGGACUGUGGCUAUGUACCAAGGUUUCUGGUUGAUGCUGCAAUUCUUAUCAGAAAAAAUAUUGAGCAGGAAGGCUUGUUUCGAAAGUCUGGUGCUGUCAGUCGGCAGAAGGAGCUACAGCAUCAAAUUGAGCAAGGGAAAAGUGUAUCAGAAGCCAAUGUGUUUGAUGUAACAAGUUUGAUCAAACAGUUCUUUCGCAUGCUGCCAGAACCCCUCUUUACUAGCACUUAUCAUGACACAUUUAUCAAGUGUUUCCAGCUUGGCAACACAGAGACUUCACACCAGGCUGUCCUCCUGUUGUGUCUCCUGCUUCCUGGGGAACACCUCUGUACAUUAAGAUUCAUGAUGAAGCUUUUGUCUGAAAUCGCAAGUCACUCGGAUAAGAAUAAGAUGGACCCCACCAACUUGGCCGUCGUCCUGGCACCUAACAUGAUGCAUAUCAACAACAAGAGUGAGAAAAUGAACUCUUCAGAAGAGAAACUUCUCCAGGUACAGACAUCAGUUGUGGAGUUGUUGAUUCGGAGUGCAGACAGUGUUGGAAUGAUCUCUGACAGUCUCCAGGAGAGGGCAUUGUUGAUGACUGAGGUGUUUGGAACUGACGAUGAACUCGAUAUGACGGAAGACACACUUGAGGAAUCACGAGACUGUCGUAAGAAAGAAAAAAAGAGAAAGCGUUCAGGAUCAUUUCAGGGUCUUGUGAGUACCAUUGCACAGAGUAUUACCAAGUGGAGGAAGAGUACAGAUGGGAAGGCUGGAAAUAUGAGUCAGGCCAGUAACAUGAGUCAAACAAGUGCAUACAGCAACAUGAGUCAUGCAAGCAUGGCUCACGACCAGAGUACUGUGGCCCAAGCCCCAACCUGCCUUCCCACAGACGCUGAGUGUAUGGCUACACCUGUAGUCAUGAGAAAGCGCAAAGCAUCGGGAGAAACACUGCCUUUCUCAGCUCACAAAAAGAAAGCUAUCCUGCAGAACCUGCCUAACCAGGCUACACUGGCCAACACACCCUUUACUCCAGCCUCAGGAGUGAAGAGAAUGGACAUUAAUGAGAUGAAGAGAAGAGGAACCCUCAACACUCCCAACAUAGCAUUCAGCAGCAAGGAGCAGCUGGCUUUCAGUGCUACACCCUGCCAGGCAGGCAAAAACACAAGGAAACGCCUUAACCUGUUCAGUCCUGGCAAUAAUCGAAAGGGUAAAAAGCUCCCCUCAGGUUCCAAUAUAUCCUUGUCUGCUGCCAACAAAAAGGGCAAGUGUAAAGGUCUGUUCCGCAGACUUUCUGGAGGAAAAGGGGACAAGCAGCUUCCUAAGUGUCCCAGAUCUACACAGGCCAGGCAGGUUGGUGAGAGAUUAGCCAUUGCUCGAGAGGUAAACAAACAGGAUUGUACAGACCAUUCAAACCAAACAGACAUCAGCCAGCCUUCUGACACUACUAAUGGCCAGUCACCUAUUAGAGCCAUAGUGAAUCAGUCAGUCCUCUCCCCAACUUUACCAGAGCAAUCUGUACUUUCAGUAACAGAGGAAGACACUAACUCCUUAAAUGAGGGCUUUAUUGAUGAAGAUGGAGAUAUGUCAACUAUGAGUGCUAAUGUUUCUUGUGUAGAAAAUUCUGACCUAUUGCCGCGUUCUUGCCUAUCUGACUCUGCUGUCAAUGAUAUGUCCAGACAUGAGUCCAUAAACGAACAUCACCAGCGUUCCCUUUCCUCUAAUCCUGAUCACCAGCUUCAGCGACGUGGAACGCUGAGGCGUGGGCGGCCGAAUUCUCUUAAGGCUGGUUUACUUCAAGGUGAAAAAGACAAUGUGAUGAAAUUGAGGCGUAGUUUUGGUCUGGAUAAAUCCGAGAUCGGUGAGCCAGUUCCACUAUACAUACCUGAUACAUCAGCUUAUGUGAACAUGAUUGAGCUUGGAGACAGCUCAGAAGGAAGUCAGUCGCAACCAGACAAGCAAGAUAACUCAAUGGACAUUUUAGAAGUGAUGUCGGACCAAAAAACAAGUAAUUCAAUUACUGAUGAAAAUCCAGUGAGUAGUAGUAGUGAUACAGAAGCCACUGCUUCAUACAUGGAAACGACAGAUUCAAAAUCUCCAGCAAGUGACAAUUUAUCUUUAGAGGACAGCCAAGUGAAAGGCACAAAAUUUAUUUCCCGUGAGAGUAUGGAUAGCUUACUUAGUGGUCAAACAGAUUCUUCGCCUUCAUCACCGAAAAAUGAGAAGAAAAAUUUUCCAAGAUCUAUAUCCACAGACAGUGGGAAAGGAUCCCUGUUGGAAGAAAUAGGUGUUUUAGAAAACACGGACAAUUCUAAAGCUAGGACCAGUAAUGUAGUAGAAAGUGAGAGUAAAUUGAACAAUAAUGAGCUUGCUUCAGAAACAACAAUAAAUCCAACUUGUGCAACCAAACCUGAGGUCAAGAAUACUGAUCAAAAGUUGAGACGAUUUGUCUCAUCUUUAGAUAUGAAAACAAUGACAGCUAGUGUUAGCAGAUCUCAUAGCCUUCAUGUAAAUUCUGUGUCUAAGAAAACUCAAAACCACACCCCAAACCUUCAGAUUUCGUCUGAGACACAUAACCUAUUAAUAAGGGCAGGGUACUUGGGAAAUAAACAAAAAGACGCAUCAAGAGAGGACAUUCAGGUGAUGGGUCCGCCCCAAAAUAUUCUCAAACAUGCAGAGACGGCCAUCCCGAAACACGAAAGCAUCAUGGAGCUGCAAACAAACUUGUCUGGCAAAGUUAAACACUGUGUGAAAAGUCUGGAGACAGAUGUUGUAGAUCGUCAUGCAUCACCAUACAGAUUUGCCAAUUCUGUGACACGCAAAAGGGGCUGCUCUCCUGUUAGGAUACCAACAAUUUUUGCCAAAAGUGAGAAAGAAGCUGCUUGUAUGAAAGACAUUGUGCAAGUCAACCCAAAGUUAGGGAAAGGUCAAGCUAGACUGCCAAUUUCUACACAUCUUUUGAAACCCUCUGAGUCAGCGGCAUCAAAACAGCAACAAAGGCCAUCAUCCUCUGGUGCUUCAAAUUGUCUGUCACGAAAGCCCAGUAUCUACUAUGCAAAGGAUAGGUCCAUUGUCAGUAGUUCAGUCCCAACUCCUGGCAUUACUGAAGACAUGGAUAUAUCAGACGACACAGCUGUGAAAAACAAGGAAAACUCCAGCUCUGACAAUGAAGGUGACCACACACCAAAACACCAGGGUGAUUUAAGGGAUCCAAAAGAGGAUUCUUGUACACCUCUUGGUGAAAAAACAGAACCAUCUAAUUCAUUAGAUUUAGAUGCUACACCAACAAAUGCCAGGUCAUCAAAGGUACCCAGCAUCAAAUUGCCCAUCCUACCAGGAAACCUUGGUCAGCGUGUGCUUUUGAGGACAUCUGGAGGACAUACACCACGACACAUCAACAGGAGCAUAUCAAAGUCACCAUGUUCCCCAGUAAAACCAGUGAAACGUCUUGGAUCCCCAGGAUCUCCUUGUCGUAACACACCUCGAAGACACACAUCUCCAGGGCGACAAAACAAGAUACGACUAAGCUCCAUUCCCCAUCAUCUACAGGAUGAUAUUAGCAGUGUGUGAUUGGUUUUGUUCAUUAACUAUAUCACACACAAACAUAUCAGGAAAACAAAACAGGGUUUGUUUUAGUUCCAACUACAGAGGGAUUUUAGCAGUGUGUUUUUGGGUCUCCAGUAAAAUUCACUUCUAAGAAUCCCGUCUCCUGGGCAACAAAAUAAGGUGCAACAUUUGUCAACCUACCACGAUCCCAAGGGAAUAUUAGCAGUGUGUGAAUGGGUCUCUCCAGUAAAAUAUACCAUACACAUAUCUGGAAAACAAAACAGGUUUCAUUUCAGUUCUAUUCCUCAUCAUCUACAGGGGCAUAUUAGCAGUGUGUGAUUGGUUCUCUUCAUUAACUAUACCACACACAAACAUAUCAGGGAAACAAAAAAGGUUUUGUCUUGGUUCCAUUCCCCACCAUCUAUAGGGGGUAUUAUUAGCAGUGUGUUAGUGGGUCUCUCCAGUAAUAUUCACCACACAGACAAGAAAACAGAAUUCAGUUUUGCUCCAGCACCAUGGGGGAUGUUAGCAGUGUGUGAGUGGGUCUCUCCAUUAACUACACUGUUGACAUAUAUCUGUAAACGAAAUGAUUCGUCUUAGCUCCAUUUCCCAUCAUCUACAGGGAGAUAUCAGCAGUGUGUGAGUUGGUCUGUCCAUUAAAAUACACCACACAGACACCCAUCUCCUGGGCAACAAAGCAGGGUUCAACUUAGCUCCACCCACAACUAUUUGUAAGAGAAGCCUUAUGUAAGUGGGUGUUUUUAAUAUUUUGUAUGUGAACUUUGUGAUAAUGUAUAUAGUCAUCCUUGCUUUAGGAUUGUUGGAGUUUUUUACUUGACAAUUCAUUUUAUUGGUUUCAUUAUAAUGCUUUCUGGGUAAUUUAUUGUUAAGAUCAUGAAGUAGAUACAGACCUCAGAUCAACAGGAUUAUGUUAGAAAUGGACAAUGCCUAAAAACCUAUUGGUCUAUUGAGUAUACCAAUUCUGCUUUCUGGCUGGAGUUAUUUCCCUUGUACCUAGUUUUUCAUUGGUUUGGUGCUGUCUUAUCUCACAUUGGAUUUUAUUUGUUGGAUUCUAUAUAUUAUUAUUUUAUUGGAAUGUUUAUGAAAAAGCUAUAGAAUUCUUAUAAUGAUACAAAAAUCAUGAUAAAAACAUGUGCUAGGAAUAAGUUACUGGAAUAAACAUAUUAAUGUUUCAAAGUGAGUGUGUUAUGUGUGUGUUGUGUCUUUUUUCUUUUUUGUCUGAUGAAGCUAAGGUAAUCUUUUGCCUUCCAUUAUUAUAUUAUUGCUUAAAAACAGACAGUCUUAAAUGCUGCAUUGUGUUUGUGUGCCUCUCCUAUACCAUCUAUUUCCAUGUUGGAUAAGUUGUAAUGUGGAUUGUUUGGUGACUAUUUCAAUAUAUGUUGAUUUAACUACAUUAGCGUUCUUUUCACAUGCCAAGGACUUUCAGAUUUUAGAAAUGUCACAGCUCAUGAAUGCAGGACUCUCAGUGAUGCUGGGGCUCGUGAAUAUUUCUACAUUAGCUUUGAAGAAUUGUUGAAAUCUGCCUUGAGGCUAGAUACUCUUGCUUUAUAUCAUUAUCAGAUAGUGCGGUGAAGGAUUGACUUUCUCAGUGAUUUGCUCAAAUACAUCAAUAAUUUUUUCAAUGAACAUGAUUGCACCAAUGCUUACAAUAUAGGACCUUUCAUAUUUGCAUGCAUUGUAAAUGUAGAUAAAAUGCAUAUUUGAAACAAGGAGUGUGUGAACUAUUUUAAAUCUUAACUCUUUCUCAUCUUAAAAUCAUUCUAGUGGACUGUAGAAAUUGUAAAUAUCUGUGUCAUUUGUAUUCCUUAAAAUUAUAGCUACUCAUGUUUUAUUUAAAUCUGACCCAAUUAUUUUAUGUUCAGUUCAUAAUAUAUGAAUGUAUAACAAAUUUUUAUUAUUUCAAUUUCAUAUUGUCUUUGGGGGCUUGGCAGAGAUAUGAGGUCAUACUUUCACAGUAUUUCACAUUAUACUUAAAUGUAUUUGAUCUAUACAAUCUGUUGUCCCCAUGGGAGGACAGAUAUUCAGCAGUAAGUCUGUAUUGUCACUCCUGGAAAUCAUACUUUUUUUUAACAUAUUUGUCAUAUUUAUUGGCUAUAAUCUUGCAUAUGUUUUCUAUCUUACUCAAAGAUUCUUAGUUGAAUUACUAAGUCAAUAGAGAAAAUGUGAAUUAUGUUUCUGUUGAUAAUGUAUAACGUCUGGAAACAAUAUAUAAUAACCCAUUUGGUCCAAUUAAAAAUUUUUUUUUAUAUACUGUAGUACCUCUAUAGCUUUAGAAAUGUAGUAAAAUGGCCAUAAAUUAAAGCAUAAUAUCAAAAUCUGUAUUGUAAAUUUCAAUUCCUGAGAAAUGUAUAAAUUGAUGUUAAACUAUAUGUAGUAGUCUUGAUGUUUGAACUAUUACACAAAAAGUGCCCAUCCAGUAGAACAGAUUUAGCUUUAGUUUUUCAUGUUUAGCAGCUUAGAGAUUCUGUGAAUAUUGAAAUGUUAUUAACAUUUGUGAUACUUUAUCCGAUGCCUUGUACAUAUUCUAUGCUGAAAUAGAAUUAUCAGUUUUUCUCCAUAGUUUGGUUGUGUGAGUAUUACAUUAGUUUGUGUGUCAGUAAAUAAUGACACAGUCUUACUUUCCUUCUAGGAAGGAUUUUGAUGCUAAAAAAUGGAUAACUUUCAAAUUGGUGAAAAUGAUAUACAUUUUCUAGUCACCUUGCCAUUCCUGUUAAGUUUUCAGCUUCAGCUUGUCUAUAAAAAAUUGUUUGCUGCCCUCUAAGUUAAGAUUUACGAAUAUUGAUAAUUUCAGAUUUUUGUUGUGAAGUGUGGUUUCUGUGACUCUUCACUGACCUAGGGUUAUAUCUGGAAUGUUUGGAGAUAUUUUUUUAAAAACACUGAUUUAUAAGUUCAAGGUGCUUCUGUUAUGUUUUAAGUUGUCUACAUUUUCUUUCAGAAUGUGUUUGAAAUGAACUGUGAUUAAUGCCAUCAACUGUGUAUUUCCAUUAUUAUUUGUGGUUAGAUCCUUUUUUAUAUUUCUUUGACAAACUAACAAUAAUUUUUCUGUUAGUGUUACGACAGACAUUACCUACAGUAACAAAACUAAUUAACAUGUCUGAAAUCAAAUGUUGUGCAGCAAUUUGGAAAAAAUGUCAAGUGAUCUAGUCUUAAAACGCCAUAAGAUUAUCUUGCAAUGUUUUCUUUAACAAAUCAAACUAUCAAGAGUAUUAGGUUUGGACCAGGAUCUCCUAUAUUGAUACUGUCUCAUGUUUCCCUCCUGUGUAUUGUCAUUUUCCCCUCCUGUGUAUUGUCAUGUUUCCCUCCUGUGUAUUGUCAUGUUUCCCUCCUGUGUAUUGUCAUGUUUCCCUCCUGUGUAUUGUCAUGUUUCCCUCCUGUGUAUUGUCAUGUUUCCCUCCUGUGUAUUGUCAUGUUUCCCUCCUGUGUAUUGUCAUUUUCCCCUCCUGUGUAUUGUCAUGUUUCCCUCCUGUGUAUUGUCAUUUUCCUCUCCUGUGCAUUAUCAUGUUUCCCUCCUUUGCAUUGUCAUGUUUCCCUCCUGUGCAUUGUCAUGUUUCCCCCCUGUGCAUUGUCAUGUUUCCCUCCUGUGCAUUGUCAUGUUCCCCUCCUGUGCAUUGUCAUGUUUCCCUCCUGUGUAUUGUCAUGUUUCCCUCCUGUGUAUUGUCAUGUUUUCCUCCUGUGUAUUGUCACAUUUUCCUCCUGUGUAUUGUCACGUUUCCCUCCUGUGUAUUGUCAUUUUCCCCUCCUGUGUAUUGUCAUGUUUCCCUCCUCUGUAUUGUCAUGUUUCCCUCCUGUGCAUUGUCAUGUUUCCCUCCUGUGCAUUGUCAUGUUUCCCUCCUGUGUAUUGUCAUGUUUCCCUCCUGUGUAUUGUCACGUUUCCCUCCUGUGUAUUGAUAAUCACAGCAGAAAUCAGAUGUGUACUACCAAUGACUUCUGUUAUGACUAAGUUAUGUAUAAAGCAUGAUUUUAAAAGUUGAUUUCUACCAUUGAAACUUGAAAAAUCUCAUUUUUAUUAUUGGUUGUCAAAUGUUUAUACUGACAAAUGAUUUACACCUUCUAACUUUAGUCAUCUUAAAUACAUUUGUGUUUACAGGACUGUUCCUGUAUGUAUAAUGCUUAAAGAUUUUUUCUGUGAAAAAAUUAAUAGAAUAAACUAUGCUGAAUAAGCCAGAAAGGGGUGUGGGAUAUAUAUUGGAGGGAAACUCUCAUUACUAUAAUUCUGACAUUAAAACAUUGACAAUCAAAUUUUCAAAGUAUCUCUUUUCAUACCUGCAUCAUGCUUUUUUCUUCUCUCUUUCUCUUCAAUUUAUUUAUUUUGGAGAAGUUUUCAAAUUACAAAAAUGAUUCAAUAGAAAUAUCUAAGUUAUCAGUAUAUUUACCUUGCAUUCCAGCUGGGCUGUGAAUUCUGUUUCAUACAGUCACAAUUAUUUCAUUAAUAAUCCUUUUAAUCAAGAAUAACACAUUGCUUUAG